AUGGAGUCUAUUGAAGAAUGGCUACUACCAACCCAAGCUGAUGAGUCUUUGGAUCUCUCACUUGGACAUGCUAUCCUACCCAAGAAUACUCCCUCUGACGAGCGUAUUCUUGCGUUGAUCUUUCGAUCUAUCGUGCGUCCUGGCGUGCAGGUCAUAUUCGUUGGGUCGCCACUCAUGAAGACGUUGGCUCAAACAUGCGCGACAGCUCCAGGUCUCCAUGCCCUUCAGAUGGCUGAUCUCUAUGCAUAUGCCGAGUUCAUCGAGUUCUGUCAUGAUCAAAGAUUUGAUUCCGACAGCUGGACCGACUCUGCUGUGCUAGAUGACUUGGUUGUUGUAUUUCACUUGAACGAUGAUAUGUCGAGUGAGUGCGCACUUGCGUUAAUCGCGGUAAUGCAUUUCGUAAAGUGCACUGCCAGAGCUGUUCAAUCAUGUGUUCGAUUGCUCACAGCCUCCACUGAUGAGAUGCCUCGAGCUCUGUCUCACUUAUCAGAAUGGUUCAACAAGAGGCCUGUGCAGCGACUGACUGUACCGAGUGAGAUUGACGAAGACAUGCGCCGAGCAAAGCAAGUAGUUGUUGACACCCGAGACCGUGAUUGGCUCUCUCAAUACACUCGCUUUGUCCGGAGAGGACUUGAGGAGCAGCUUGUUGUCUACUCCCCUUCAAUGAUCGAUAUGCCGGCACCCAUGGAAACUACAACUAACAGUUAUGGUUUCAAAACUUCGACAGUCGAAAACACUCUUCGCUGGCGGCUGUUCGCCAUUGCAUUUCCAGAAGUCAGAAUGCCUCUGCCACUGGAGCAUGAAGAUAUUCAUGUUAUCCUUGACCCCAUUCGACACAUGAGGGUCUAUGACAGUGUUACGCGCCAGAUUACUCACUUGAACGUCUCGAUAAGUGCAGUAGAGCGUGAGGAACAAGUCUCGGUGGCUUUCCGAACUGCCAAGGUUCCGAAAUCUGUCACCCUUUACAUUCCUGGACGGACUGUAGAUGAAUAUGUCUGCGCUGGACGAGCCCCAAGGCGCCUGAGUGUUUGUAAUGCUCAAGCUGGUGGCUUUUUAGCUGCUGUGAGGGCAUUCAAGCAAUGGGAGUUGGAUGCAGACGUUGCGUCUUGCUUUUUCGUAUCCCCAAUGGAAAGGGACGUCUUCAAGACAAUGUCGCGUCGUGUUGCAAUACAGUUGCAAGUAGCGAAUGCCAAUCAACUAGCUGAGCCGUUGGUACGCAAGCUUCUACCACUCGUCGGAUACGACCAUAGACUUGCCAUCCUUGUCGCACUUCCUUGUAUAAGUGAUUCUGUGGCAUUGACAAAGAUCCGUUGGGCCGCCUUGACCUCUGUUGGUGUUGAAAACUUCGUAAAGUUCCCUGACGGAGGUACCAUCAUGGGACGAGAGAAUUGCAAAAUGAUGAGUGUGAAGCAUGGUUCAUCUUCACAAUGUCGGGUAUUUGGAACAACCUGGACAGUGCUAAAUCUCUGGGCAGAUGCUGUCAAUGCCCUCAGAUACUCUCGACCUCUUCCAGUGUCCCAGGAAUGGAUCCAGUUCCCUGUCACGGGUGUUCACAUUCAUUUGCCUUCUUGGUCAAAGAUGGAAGAGCUGACUAGGAGUAUUUCGGCCGUUGUAGGCCUCCCAUACUCAACGUCAAAGUUCUGCGACCUUGACAAGUGCGAGUCACUUCAACUGCAGCGACAUCUUCUGCACGCCUACAUUUUCCAGUUGACCAAGACCAUGGACUCCAACAGAUGUGUCAUUGAUCUAGCAACUGGAACUCAGGUAGUCGAUGACGGUGUUAACGCCUGGACAACGAAGGCUGCCGAAAGGCUUGAAGAGACAUGCUCACUGUUUGGCAUAUACUCAGAUAUGGAGCGUACAUCAAAUCGGAACACAGUGAGGAUUCGCGAUUGGACGUGGAUUCCUGCGUCCAUUGUGGCUGACUGGAGUUCGUUACAUACUGGUGGCGCUGACCUCACAGACUUUUUAUCUCACGUCAAUGAUCCAGCCGAGAAUGAGGAGAUAAGUACUGAUGUAUAUUGGGGUUCAGUAUAA